AUGGCGGAUGAGGGCGUCGUGAUCAAGUUCAAGUGGAGAAGCACGAUCUACGACAUCGUCACCCACCCCCAGGAGUCGGUGGAUGGUCUGAGGCGCAAGGUGGAGGCAGCCACCAGCGUCCAGCCCAAGCGCCAGAAGCUGCUGGGACUGAAGGGCAAGGAUGGCAAGGCCCCUACAGAUGCCACCCUGGUCAAGGACCUGGCUCUCAAGGCCAACGUCCCCAUCAUGAUGCUGGGGGCACCUGAGGAGAACAUUGCUGCCCUGGACGCGCAGGCCGAGGUGGCGCCGGCGGUGCAGGACGACUUUGACCUGGACCCCCCCGCCUCCAGCCUGGACCCGCGCGACAUCCGCGACGAGCCCGGGGUCCGCGAGCGGCUGGCCCGGCGCGUCGCCCGCACCGAGGUUAAGGUGCUGCAGGCCCCCAGGCCUGGCAAGAAGCUGCUGGUGCUGGACAUUGACUACACCCUCUUCGACCUGGGCUCCUCCGCUGAGCGAGCCGACCAACUGGCGAGGCCCUUCCUGCACCACUUCCUGACGCUCGCGUAUGCGCACUAUGAUAUUGCGAUCUGGUCGGCCACCUCCAUGAAGUGGAUCGAGGUGAAGAUGCGGGAGCUGGGGGUCUCCACCCACGAGCAGUACAAGCUGACGUUCAUGCUGGACCACAUGGCCAUGGUCACGGUGCACCAUGAGAAGCACGGCGUGUUUGACUGCAAGCCACUGGAGUUUGUCUGGCAGAAAUUCCCGGGCGUGUACACGCCCGAGAACACCAUCAUGAUGGACGACCUUCGGCGCAAUUACAUCCUCAAUCCCCAGAACGGCCUGGUCAUCCGUCCGUUUCGCAAGUCCCACCGAUCCCGCGACACCGACCGCGAGCUGCUCUUCCUGGGAGCCUAUCUCCAGAAGAUCGCGGCGCUGGAGAGCCUGUCCGGCCUCGACCAUGGGGCCUGGGAGGCGUACGCCGCGCAAGAGAUCCGGGCGGCGCUGCGGGACUUCCGGGACGCCCGCGCCGCCGCCCUGUCCUCAGCGCCGCCCGGGCCCGAGGCAUGA